UUUUUAAGCCGUGAAAGAAAAUACGGAAAAACAAGAUGUGACAACGUAUUUACAAUCUGUGACAACCAUGUAUGUGAGCACUCUCUUGGAUAAAGAGAACAGCAUGUAUCCAGGAUCUGCAAGGGGGAACAACCUGCCAGUGCAAAACUUUGUGUCUGCUCCACCCUAUUCCGAUUACAUGGGAUAUCAUCAUGUGCCAACUCUGGACACCCAUGGACAGCCUGCGGGAACCUGGGGAUCUCACUAUGGCCCACAGAGGGAGGACUGGAACGCUUACGGCCCAGGACCUUCCAGCACCGUUGCUGCUGCACAGAUCAAUGGCUCAUCUCCUGGACAGGUCUCCUACAGUUCUGCUGAUUACAGCUCCCUCCAUCCAGCUGGAUCUGGGGGGUUACCUCCUGUAGAAACUAUUAAUACACAGCAAAUCUCUCCCAACAGCCAAAGGCACAGCUCUUACGAAUGGAUGAGGAAAACGGCACAAGCUAACACUACUGGUAAAACAAGAACAAAAGAAAAGUACCGCGUUGUUUACACAGAUCAUCAGAGACUAGAAUUAGAGAAGGAAUUUCACUGCAACAGAUACAUUACAAUAAGGAGAAAGUCAGAACUUGCAGCAAACCUGGGACUAUCUGAAAGACAGGUGAAAAUCUGGUUCCAGAAUCGCCGAGCCAAAGAAAGAAAAAUGAUCAAGAAGAAAAUAUCUCAGUUUGAUGGCAGCGGGGGCUCAGUUCAGAGUGACUCCGGUUCACUCAGUCCAAACGAAAUAUCUAGUUCUCUCUUCCCACCACCACAUGGAAUAAAUGGAUUACAGCCUAAUGACAUUCAUCAAGUCAUAGUUUCAGAAUGAACGG